UGUUAUCCGCAGCUCUUUGCCCCGCGGUGGGAGGAUCCAGCCGCCGGCAUGGACCUCCUCUCUCUCCCGGCCGGCGGGUCCGUCGCCGCCGCCACCACCACCAGCUCCGCUCUCGCUCUCUUACCGCCGAACCCCGUCCUCGUCGCCACCAAGCUCGCUGUCAGCUUCUCCAACAAGCUCGCCGCUCGCCGCGCCGUUGUCGUUCGCACCGCCAUCUCCGUGCGCGCCUCGUUCCCCUCCCAGGCGGAGGCGACGGCGUCGGGCUCCCUUUGGUCUUCCACUCCUCGUACGCGGUGGAUGGUGGUGAUGGAGAGGCCCCCGGGCGGCGGCUCCUCCAAACCAGAGGUCAUCGAUUACUACGUCGAAACCCUCGCGAGCGUUUUGGGAAGCGAGAAAGAGGCUCAGAUGUGCAUUUAUGACGCUUCUUGGCGAAGCCAAUAUGGUUUCUGCUGCGACAUCGACGAGGAGUCAUCUCGUGAACUUGCCCGUAUGCCAGGGGUUUUGUCCGUUAGACCUGACACAAAUGAAGGAUAUGGUAAGAAAAAUUAUAGCUACUUGGACCAGUUACCAGCUGAUCAAAUGAAAACUGAUGGCCAUACUCGGAUAUUUCCUUCAUCCAUUGGAAAAAAUGAGCAUUGGCUAGUCCGGAUCGAGAAACCUGGUGUAGAAGUUGUCACCAAGGCACAAAUGGUGGACUACUAUGCCCAAACCCUAACAAAGGUUUUGGGAAAUGAGAAGGAUGCACAAGUCUGCAUAUAUCAUAUCUCAUGGGAAAAGGACUUUGGGUUUUGUUGCCAUAUUGACGAGGAAUACGCACGAGAACUAGCUGAUGUUCCUGGGGUGUUGUCGGUUCAGCCUGAUAUGAAUUUUGAGUCAGAGAACAAAAACUAUAAUGGUAAUGAUCCUGAUUUAUCAGAAACAAAUGAAGUGCAGAAAAUCAGAACCAAAAGACUUUUUGUGACUGGACUAUCUUUCUAUACGUCUGAGAAAACAUUGCGUGCAGCAUUUGAAGGUUUUGGUGAGUUGGUUGAAGUUAAAAUUAUAAUGGACAAAAUAUCUAAAAGGUCAAAAGGUUAUGCCUUUAUUGAGUAUACAACUGAAGAAGCUGCAAGUGCAGCCCUGAAAGAGAUGAAUGGCAAGAUAAUCAAUGGCUGGAUGAUAGUCGUUGAUGUUGCUAGAACUAACCCACCAAAGUACAGCAGAGGGCACCCACGGCCAUCAAGCUCAUCCGUUUCAUCAAACUAAAUGACCUCACACGAAAUUGACGAAGGCAUGGGUGAAUGUUUAAUUGCCUGGUCUGAGUUUCGGCAAAUUACCUGAGUCGCUUUUGCAGAUCACUGGGAAUGUGCAUUCCUUCAGAUUUUGUCUGUUGGAUUCAUCCCCUGGUGUAGGUAACUGCAACUCAGAUUGUACAUUGCUAAAUUUAGUGAACUUUUGCUGAUGUAUUAUCAUAUACCUUGCCCAGCAUCUGAAGAAACUGAACUGGGUUCAGCAUUUGCCAACAACAGUUAAAGAGGAAGAAAUUUAUUUCAUAUUGUAUAAUCUACUGUAAUUGGAUCUAAUUUCAAAAGUACUAUCUGAUUCUUUUCAAAGGCUUUUCCAAUCUUUGUAAGGAUACAUGAUUAAUUGUCUCCUUUUUUCUUGGCCACA